GUGUGUGCGCUGUUGCGAAGGCUGGCAGUGUCGCGCACGCGCGCCCAGGCAGGCAGGCUUUACCGGAGGAGGAGGAGGAGGCGGCGGCGCGCACGUCACGAAUCCGCAGCGACCGAAAGAUGCUGCUGAGAGGCCGCUUAGAAGAAAGGGUCAUUUAAUCUCUGUUCCUAUAUGCUCUCCUUUCUAUAGGCUACAUGCCAAGAAAACAGAGGACGAUGCACACGGGAGAGCCGCCUGCAGCCGCGCGGGGAACGUCAACAUGAUGUUGAGCGUAUUUUAAAGGACAUCCGGCGCGUUGUGGAUCACGGGAUUGUCGGCAGCGCGACUCACCGAGCCCCCUCCUUGUGUCUGUGGUGUUUGUGAGCAGGCAGCACAGGGCCCUGAUGCCAAACGCAGAUUCUCGCCGCUGGAUUUAGAGGAAGAACUCGGAGCAGCACAGAACCAGGAUGAGUGGAGGACAGGAGCAGGCUGACAUCCUGUCUGCCGCUGCACUGGUCAGGGAGCGAUGGAAAGUGCUAAAGAAAAUUGGUGGUGGGGGCUUCGGGGAGAUCUACGAGGCAUUGGACCUGCAAACCAAGUGCAGUGUAGCACUUAAGGUGGAAUCGGCCCAGCAGCCCAAGCAGGUGCUCAAGAUGGAGGUGGCUGUGCUGAAGAAACUACAGGGUAAGGACCAUGUGUGCCGCUUUGUGGGAUGUGGUCGCAAUGACCGCUUCAACUAUGUUGUCAUGGAGUUACAGGGUUGUAAUUUGGCGGAUUUGAGGAGAAGUACAAACCGUGGGACGUUCACUGUCAGCACCACGCUCAGACUUGGCCGGCAGAUACUGCAGGCUAUUGAGAGCAUCCACUCGGUUGGCUUCCUACACCGUGACAUCAAACCAUCCAACUUUGCCAUGGGACGCUUCCCCUGCACUCGUCGGAUCUGCUACAUGCUGGACUUCGGUCUGGCACGCCAGUUCACAAAUUCAUCCCAGGAAGUCAGACCACCUCGUCGUGUAGCAGGGUUCAGAGGCACAGUACGAUAUGCUUCAGUCAACGCUCACAAGAACAAGGAAAUGGGCAGGCAUGAUGACUUGUGGUCUCUGUUCUACAUGCUGGUGGAGUUCUUGGUUGGUCAGCUGCCUUGGAGGAAGAUCAAGGACAAGGAGCAAGUGGGGAAGCUGAAGGAGGCAUAUGACCAUCGCCUCAUGCUGAAGCAUUUGCCCUCAGAGUUCAGCAUCUUCCUGGACCACAUUAGCAGCUUAGACUACUAUACCAAACCCGACUAUGAGCUUUUGAUGACGGUUUUUGAGAACAGUAUGAAAACCUAUAACGUGGUGGAAAAUGAUCCAUACGACUGGGAAAGGACGAGCACAGAUGGUGCUCUUAAUACGCCUACAGCUGCCAACGUGCCUCAGCAUCACACACGUCUCACACCAGCCUAUAUGGGGAUGGCCAAUGCCUCUGUAGUGCUUGGAGACCUUCUGAAGGAGAACACUGAUGAAGUCCUGCAGGACGAGCAGCUCAGUGAUGGAGACAACAACGCUGCGCCAGAGCGCCAGCCUGAUGCUCCUGUCCUCCCCCUGAGAAACCCGGAAGCUGAUGGUUGGGAGGAUCUGGACCGCAACAGCAACCUUAUCCGCUUCCCUGGCUGGAAGGGCCGCACAGAGGAGGAGCACAGUAACAAGGGCAACCCGAGCCCUCAGGCUGGCCCCAGCCUUGGUUCUCCUGUGUGUUUACGCUCUGAGGUGGUGCCCUCAGACAGAGAUGCUCCUCUCCUGAGGAAACUGCGCAACAUCCACAGCUUUGAGCUGGACAAGCGACUAACCUUGGAGCCCAAACCCAGCACAGAGCGCUUUGUGGAAGCAUGCAGUGCGGGGAAGCAGACGCCUGGUUCAGCACAGGACCAGGAAGGUAAUGUUGGUGCAGUGCUGGCUGCUGCCUCUGUUCGAGUGUGGCACUUUGAUGAAGAGUUCCUCUCAGGAGAUGCAUCACCUAAACUGGCCUCUCCAGGCUCUCUGGAGCUCUGUGAUGGAGCAGCCAGUAGUGGUUUUGUAGCACUAAAUCUGAGCACAGACCAGCAGGACGUGGACUUGCAUGACUGGGUGAUGGUGGAACGUGGCUCUGACAAGCAAGACAUUCAAGAGGCAGCCAGUAGCAGCCCAGGACCUGAGGCCAAGCUGACCAGCAGCCCUUCAGAGGAGCCAGAGGUGGUGCAGCCAAUGGAUGAGUCUCCUGAUAAGGAAAGGGCCACCCCAAGCCCCUCCCAUGGACACACUCUGGCCACACUCAAAGUGGAGAGACUCGAACUGAGUUUGGUGCCAACAGCAGGUCUGCUCCCCAUUACACCCACCAGUCCUGCUGAAGCUAUGGCAGAGGGAGCUCUCACUCAGCUCCCCACCUCUCCUGCGUCUCUGCCAGAGGAGGUGGUGGCCCGGAAGCUCCUGCGCUCCCCCAGUCCUCAUGCCUUCCUGAGCACAUUGUCAGAUCCCCUGCACCAACGCUCCCCACCCACUAUCCGCCGUAGCCAAUCCGCAGAACACCAUAACCAGCACCGCUCUUCCUGCUCCUCUACCUCCCAGCACCGCAUCACUCACAGGAAGCUGCCAGCCAUUCCGCCAGGUGCCUCCAACACCAAGAUCCCUUCAAUCAUACGCAUCACACGCGCUCAGCUGCAGCAGCUGACAGCUCAGCGUCCCUCUGCGCUCUCCUCCCAGUCAGCCUCUGACAGCGUGCCACAGUGCCCCCUGCUGGAGAAUCAUGACACCAGCGAGAAACAGGCACUGCCACAGGAUCUCACAGUGGACAUCCACUCACCUCAGGAGCAGCCUCAGUCCCUGCCCUCCAGUCCUUCCAGUGCUGACGCAGAAAUUCUAAUAAAUAGGAAUGGAAAUCCACAAACGCCGAGCCCAGUGCCAAGCCCAGAAAACUUACCUCGUAAUGCCUGCAAUCCAGUGCUGAUAAACAGCCAUGCCGACUCUGCAGCAGAUGCUCAGAAGGCACUACUGUCAGAGCUGAAGGACACCAAGAGAGACUCUGAUGCCUCCACAGAGCCUGAUCAGCACCCUCCACUGAAGAACAAUGUAACAUCCUCUGUUGAAAGUACUAAUCACACUGAGUCCUCUCCAACUGCUGUCCCGUCUCGGGAUCCCAGUCGCCGGCUGAGCCGCAUCCCUGUCCUCGAGCCCUCCAGUUUGCUGCAGGAUGUUCCUCCAGGCUCAGCUAAAGAGAAGCUGCUGCAAAAACGAGGCCAGCGCAUCCCCACCUCUCCCUGCGCCUCACCGUGUGCCUCACCCUCACUUUCUUCAGUCCAGCGCGACCGCCUGUCCUCCACUUCGGCCUCUGAGCGCUCGCAGGAUGAGGAGUCCAUACAUGGACAGAGACAGGGUGAUGAUGCCCCCUCACUGUCCUCCUCUUCUAGCCCACACUCGCAUAAGAGUAAAAUCCCCAGACCUGUAAGCCGCUCUUCUGUACAGGGGGAACUGUCAGCCCAGUUUGUGCCUCGGCCACCUCCCGGCAAACCACCCAGCCGUACGUCUGCAGAUGGCAGGCUGCGGCGUUAUCGGAUACGAGCAGGCAGCGCAGGUGACUCGGAACUGAUGACGUGCCUGGCUCAGCUGAUGCGAGGUGGAACCAGCCGCUCCUCAUCACUGCAUUCCUGCAGCUCGCCGCAGCACGUGGGCACCAGGCUUGUGUGUAUUAACCAGUCGGGUAUCUCGCAUCACCACCACCAUCACCAGCGCAGCUCCAGUGCUUCCCCCCGCAGCUGCUCCUCACUGCAGCGCUCCAUCAGCUCCUCACCCUCCCGCCACGAGCACCGCGUUGGAUGCCUGCGCAGCCACUCACCCCCAAGCUUCUCGGGGUCUCCACCUUUGCGCCGUGCACAUCCUCAUGCACAGGAGGGAAGCUGUGGCCACAAGGCCCGUGCCAAAGCUUGCAGUCGGGAGCCCAAGUGCUCCAGCAAGCUGAGCAGAUAGUUUUCUCACUACACACAUAUACACACUCUAGUACGCUCGCAUAAAUCACAAGCAGACCAGCAGGGGAGGAAAAGGCUUGCAAGAUUCUUGUUUUUAUGCUUGACUUGUACCAAUAUAUAUAUUCCAUAUAGUAUCCAGUCUUAAUCCUGCAACUCCACAGUAUUCUGCUUCUUAGUUUUGCACCCACUUCCUGCUACAUGUGGGUCGGACAAUACGAGAGUAUCACAUCUAUCAGCUCUCUGACCUACAUUCUCUCUUUAUUCUCAAGAAGUUUUUUUUUUUUUAAGAAUAGUGAGUGUAAUGCCUUUAGGAUUUUUUAAUGCAACAUUACUUUUUUUCAGGUGAGUUGUAGGAUUAGUAUUUUGGUUUGUUCUAACUCAAAGAAAAAUCAUGCAGCUAGAGCACUGAUGUAGUUCGUCUAACACUAGAUGCAUGGGUUUGUGUAUUUGCAUCAAGCUCUGUAAACCUGUAAUAUAGUAUUUAUUGAAAUAUGUACUUGGGCUCGAAUGCAUAUUGCACCCUUCUAAUCCGUGCAGUGGCAGGUACACUGACAGAUCGCUGAUGUUAUGUAUAGUUCCUCGAUGCCAUUGUUUAUAUCUUUUCUGUCUGUGCUGUUUUUAGCCCUCAUUGUAGCUAAGGCAGGUUGUAUUUUUUGAGGCUGCAGAAACAUUUGCAGAGUGUUACUGUGAGGACUGGUGUUUCCUUUUCCAAGAAACGCUAAAGCAAUCACUGAGAUUCUUUCAAGCACUUUGCUAUGUGCCUAAGGAGAUGUUACUUCAAAUUAUGGGAGAGCAAGGUACAAGCUUUCACAAUCAGAUGUUUGUUUUUUUGAGCUACGGAGCUCAUGCUGCUCUUUUAAAGGCACCUGCUUGCACAUAAACACAGAUAUACAGCAGAUAUACACACACUUGCGUAUGGGGCACUCAUAUCGGUAUUAAAACUCUUUGGUUGAUCUGUGACUCAUCUGGUCUUUGCUGAUUGAUCACUGUGUCCAAAGGGUUAUCUGCUCCGCAGGUUGAAUAAGCUUCAAAGAACGUUCAAAGGGAAUGUUUUAUAUCUCGUAUUGUUCAGAACUAAAAAAAUAAAUCAUUUAUUCAUGUUAAGGGCAGUGUGGAAAAGAAGGGGUUUACACACAGUUCUGUGGCGUGUUGAACUUAUUCUAGUCAGAUUGUUAGAAUUAUCCAAGUUGAAAACAAAAUCAAUUACUGUCAGCUAGAGAUUAUUAUAUAUAUUUUUUGACCUAGGCAAUAGUCCAUUAUGAGUAAAAGGAUAGCAGAUUUCUGUAAGUGUAGCAGUCUGGGAUAACCUGCUGUUUGUCACUUUGACUGAAUUCUGGCCAAAAAAGGUGAUAAAUCACACCUCAAUUUUAAGAAACCAUAAAUACAUUCCACCAAAAAUUUAACUUUAUAAUCUUGCCUUAAUAUUCUUCUUGCAGUGUUGGUUAAGGAGUCAGUCUACCUAAAAAUGUGUAAAACCUUGCUAGUUAAGUGCGAUUUACUUGCACAAUGGAUUUCAUGAUUUGAUCAAAUUGAGUGAUAGGUACAUGCUUUGCCAGACUCACAUAUAAAGCCUAGAUACAUGAGAUACAUGCAAAAGGGAAACAGUUCAGGAAACCGGUGUAAUAGAAAAUGUCUAAAUUUCACCACGUGAAGGGUUUUCCCAGGCCACCAUUUGCGCCAUUGGAGUCAUUAAGAAUUACAUUUCUUUAGGAUUAAAUCUUUCUUCAGUCCUGCUGAUAAACUCAUGCAUUUGAUUUGUUCCCUGUACUGGCCUCCUUGUGCUUCCUCCACGUUGUCCCUCUUUGCUGUACUGUAAUAUGCUGAAAAUUCCACUUCACAUACAGCUCUGUGCAUGUGCUCUAGAUAAAACACUACAAACAGCAUUCAUAUAAAUGUAGUUCAUAUAUUUUCCCAUAUGACUGAAACAUACUGUCAUGUUCUGAGUAGGGCUGUUAAUAUUUUUUUAUUAAUAUUCACCUAUGAAUAAUUUGUUCAUGUGCUUUUAUUGUAAGUUUCAGCCUCAGCCUUUCUUUUCCACAGCAUUUCAGCCAAGCUUAUUUUGACUUUGCAGUUUUGAGGGAGUAUUUAGUAUGGAUAUUUGUACAAAUGUUGAUUGGCUACAUAUAUAUCUGACGUUACCAUUUAGGAUUGUGUAUCAGAGAACAUUGUUUUCUGUUUUGAAUCAAGAGAUUUUUGUGUUAAGUAUAUUAGAGGCAGUUUUAUUUUACAGAGCUUCUGCAUGUGUUGCAUUUUAUUACUGUUGUUAAACAUUUGACUAAAUGUUAUUUUGUGUCAAGACAUUUGAUAACCCAGAUGUUCAUUACACAACUGUUAGAUUACAGUUUCUAGCUGAAGAAAGUUCAUUGGUAAGAAGGACACUGGCAACUUGCAAAUACGAUCUACCACAACGUGAGAUUCAGAGCGUUAGUCUAGUCCAUCCUCUGGAAUAAAUCUUAUCAUGGUUCUGAUCAAGGGCAUGGUCAUGUGUAGACAUGCCUAGGUGCUAGAUUAAGAUUCAAAAUGCAUGAAGGAAAAACUGUAAGCUGAACAUGACUACAACCCAAUGAUCAUUUUAAAAGAUAUUUUUAAAUAGAAGUAAUCAUGUGUUGCCCCAAGUAAUGAAGUAGUAGGCAUUAUUAUAUAACUCCUACAUACGUAUUUGCUGUAAUAGAAAAUGUUGUAGCCCUUUACAUUUUUCUGUGUGAAAUGGCUCUUUGUUUUUUUUCCUGCUGUCAAUAUCAAUGUCUUAAUCUAUAUGAAAUUUUAAUACUGUAAAUAAGAAGCCAGUUUGCAUAUGGUAGCUUGUGCUCCUACUGCAUUCGUUCUCUGUUUAGUCUGGAGUUCUGAAGUCCUUCAUGUCUCCUCCCCUGUUGGACAUGGACAGAAACGAAGAGUGUUAGUGAAGGUUCCAGGUUCCACGUGCUUCAUUACUGACAAUUAAUACCACUCUCAAUAGUUGUAAUAUCUGCUGAUUUUAGUUUAGCAUAUCGGAAUACAUCUUUUUCCCAUUUCCUAUUAUGACACAGAUUUCCUGUUUGUUUUAUAAUCUGCAUUGAGUCACAAUGUUGCAGAAUUGAAACACUGUACAGUCUAAAAAAAGAGGAAUGUUAAAGGGAAAGACCACAUUGUACAUUAUUGCAAUAUUUGUGUUAUUUUUUAUUUGUAUCAUAUCAAUGCCUUGUACAGUGUUUUUUUUUUUUUUUCAUUUAAAAUUGUUUUGUAUUUUAUUUUUAUAAACUGGUUAUGAAUAAAAUAUUUAUUCAGCAUGCCGGCAG